AUGGCUCCUACCAGUAGCAACGCUCGGGUCUUUUGUCUGGUGGCUCUCCUGGUCAUGUCUACCACCUUCUUGUCCUGUGAUGCAGCAGGUGGGUGGACGAAGUUCUGCGUACCCGAGAAAGCCUGCCAGACCCCAGCAGGACUUCAGGGCGACUAUGUGUGCAAGGUUGACUGCGGACGCCAAGGUUAUGAUGAGGAUAAAAGCCACUGCGCGAGUGGCAUUUGCUGCUGUGAAAAGUAA